UAGCUCCUAACAGAUUUUGUUUUCUACUAUUGACUUAGUGACUCAUUAGAGAGGGUUUCGAUCCGUUGUUAUAAUACAUUAAAUUUUUUGUGGCUCUGAUUCUUUUUAUUCAGUGUGUAUGUUUAUCACAAAAGGUAAAUUACAAAGAAAAUCACUUGGAACUCACAGAAAAAAACAAAUCCGCCUCCGCCUCUUCCUCUCCCGCGCUCACCUCCUCCUCCUCCUAUGUUUUGCUUAUUUAUUUAUUUAUUUUUAAGUUUAUUUUCCAGGGUUUAGUCUUUCCGUUUUAGGGAUUUUUCCUGUCGAAAAAGUUUCUCAAUUGUUCUGGUUACUGUUCUCUCCUUACGUCCGACCUGCAAAAUGGCCCUCUCACCAUCUAUGCUCCUCAGCUGUUCGACGUUAUGCCUAAAAGAAAGAGCCCUGGCUGCAAACCGCCACAAUUGCCCCUUGUCAUCCACAAAACCUACUCCCAUGCUGAAGGUGAAAAUCAGACCCCAUCAACAAAAAACAAAAGCCCACAAACCCAGUUCUAGUUCUGGCGGCAGCGGUGACAAUGACGGCGACCCGUAUCUGAUGACUGAAGAAGAGAGGAAGGAGAUGAGGAGAAAGAUCAGGGAAAUGCUCGACAAGGUUGAAGACCCGGCGGAGGAGACCGACCCAACUCAGAGGAAGAUCAAGAUGCAGAAGCUCCUAGCUGACUAUCCUUUGGUUGUCGAAGAGGAGGACCCCGACUGGCCUGAAGACGCGGAUGGCUGGGGUUUCAACUUUGAUCAGUUCUUCGAUAAGAUCACGAUCAAGAACGUAAAGAAAGACGGCGGCGACGAGGAUUACGACAGUGAUAAGGAGAUUGUUUGGCAGGAUGAUAAUUAUAUCAAGCCUAUCAGAGAUAUCACUGUGAAAGAAUGGGAGGAUACUGUAUUCAAGGACUUCAAUCCCCUUGUUAUACUCGUCCACAACCGAUACAAAAGGCCUCGAGAGAAUGAAAAUGCAAGGAUCGAGCUGGAAAGAGCCAUAAAGAUGUUUUGGGAGACGGGACUCCCGUCACCAAGAUGUGUAGCUGUGGAUGCUGUUAUUGAGGAAGAACUGGUUUCAGCUCUUCAAGUAUCCGUUUUUCCUGAAAUAAUCUUCACAAAAGCUGGAAAGAUCUUGCACAGGGAUAAAGUGGUUCGAACAGCAGAAGAGUGGUCUAAGAUGAUGGCAUUCUUCUAUUAUAAAGCAGUGAGGCCCUCAUGCCUGAGCAAAACUGAUGGACAAAGUCAAGAGAAGAUCCCAUCACUGUCCUAAAAACUCAACUUUAUUGACUUUUUGUUUGUUUUCUUUGUUAUAGGAUGUCUUAAGAUCAUCUCAUGAAGUAGGAAUGUACCCUCUGUGUUACAAAUAACAAUUUUGUUUUUCACCAAUUUAUACACAAUUUUUCUUUUGCUCAA